GGUUAGCAUUAUUAUGGCUUCAUGUAUAUGUUCACAGUGUAUCUUUCAGUUCCUCUCAUUACUCCUCCUGUAUCAGUGGUACCAGUAAUUGAUGGACAGCAAAUAUCAUUGAAUAUCAGUAUUAAUGUCAGUACCAUAUGUAAAGGAGAGUAUCCUAAUAGUAUUACAGUUAAUAUACUGAAUACUAAUGACACAGUAAUCAGUAAUUCCAUUAUAUCAACACAAAUUAAUGAUCAACUGAUGGUUGUAACUGGAAGUACUAGUUCAAUAUUGUUACUUGAUAAUAUUGAUACAUUUAUUGUUAAUGUAACAUUGAGUAAUGAUGAAGGAACCUUUAAUGACAUAUCAUCUUUUACAUUUGGUUUUCUUGGACUGGUUACUAACAUUGACUCUUCAAUUGACAACUGUUCUACUAUUAAUAUAACAUGGACUGCUCCUACAGUUGAUGAUAGAGUAUCUAUACUGUAUUACAAACUAAGAAUAUAUGAUAUUACAUUGGUCUGUACUGGUGAAGCUCCUGAGAAUGUUACAGUUAUUAUACGAUGUGGAACUGGUGAUCUCUUGUCUGCUACUUAUGUAGUGAAAUUUGCUAAUAUGUCAGUCAAUAUAACAAGAUCAGUAUCAGGCAUACCAAUAUAUGAACAGUGUAAUAUCAGUAUUGUAGUUAGUAAUGAGGCUGGUAGUAGUGAACCAUCUAUACUAGUAUUUGAUACAUAUCCUACUAAUACUAAUGUCACUACUACUGUACAAACAUCCUCUACUGCAACACCUAUAACAACAAGUCAUAAUAAAAUUAUUGAUACUGGUUAG